UGAAGUUGCAGGUCCGCUGUGCAGGAAGGGGGGGAGGGAGUGUAAGGGCAAGGCGUGUUACCUGAGACACCUGUCCCUCUCGCAGGGGGUGGUGCGUUUGCUUACCCAUUCACGUCCGACCCUUGCUGAGCUAGGACGAGCGGAGCACAGCAAGGUCACCGGCUUCUUGAAGGGGGUGCAUUCGAACGAGGAACUUCCAAGGAUGAAGAGGUUCCCUGUACUCGCACUGCUCUUGUGGUUGUGCGCUGUGUUUUAUGUGGGGAUCUUCCUGUUUGUGGGCGGUUUCCUCCUGGUGCGGCUGGAGGUGAACAAGAGCAGCUUCUGCGGUGACGUUUUGACCCCGGGGGGUGAGGCGGCGGACUUCUGCCGGGGGGAGCCGCGAUUCAGGCGGGCCGUGGUGCUGAUCAUCGACGCCCUGAAGAUCGACUUCGCCCGCUUCGACGCCCUCAACGCCGCGCCUCGGCCCUAUGAGAACAAGCUGCCCGUGCUGGAGGAAGUGACGUCGUCGAGGCCCGCCCACUCCAGGCUGUUCCCCUUCAGGGCCGACCCCCCCACCACCACCAUGCAGCGCAUCAAAGGCUUCACCACCGGCUCCCUGCCCACCUUCGUCGACGUGGGCAACAACUUCGCCUCCAGCGCCAUCCUGGAGGACAACCUCAUGCACCAGCUGGGCCAGGCCGGCAAGCGCGUGGUGUUCAUGGGGGACGACACCUGGGAGAGUCUCUUCCCCAAGAAGUUCCACCGCUCUCUGCCCUUCCCUUCCUUCAACGUGAAAGACCUGCACACGGUGGACAACGGCAUCCUGCAGCACCUCUACCCCACCAUGGAGGGCACUGACUGGGAUGUGAUCAUUGCACACUUCCUGGGGGUGGAUCACUGCGGUCACCGCUUCGGCCCAGAUCACCCUGCAAUGGCCGACAAACUGACCCAGAUGGACGGGGUCAUCAGGUCUGUGAUUGGCCGCCUGGAAAAUGACACGCUGCUGGUGGUGAUGGGGGAUCACGGGAUGACAGACACAGGCGACCACGGGGGCGAGAGCCUAAAAGAGACAGACGCUGCUCUCUUCCUGUACAGCCCUGCCCCCAUCUUCCCUUCCUCCAGGUCAGAGGCGGAGCCUGAGGUGGUGCCACAGACAGACCUGGUCCCCACGCUGGCCCUGCUCCUCGGAAUCCCCAUUCCCUACAGCAGCAUCGGCCAGGUCCUCCUGCCCAUAUUCCCACAGGACACAGACAGCACAGACGGGCAUUCUCAUCUUAGCCAGGCGGAGGCGCUGUGGAUCAAUGCCAAGCAGGUGAACCGCUUCUUGGAGACGUACUCCCACAUGGCCAAAGACAUCCCCCCCGAAAGCCUGUCCGUCUUGCGGGCUAAAUUCUCCCGCCUCUCAUCUGAGUACACUAGCGCCGUCCAGGGGGGGCGUUCUCCCUCCCCUGAGCUGGUCGCCGCCCUGCAGAGCUACCUGUCAGCAGUUAGGGAGACCUGUCGGGCCUCCUGGGCUCGAUUUCACCCUCUCAAGAUGGCCGCCGGGAUAGCCAUCCUCGUCACCGCCUGCGUGCUGUGCUAUGCUGUUUCGGAGCUGUCCGCGGUCGUCGGGGAGGGUGGGUUGUUACGGGCACCCUUGGUGGCCGGGACGGUGGUGGGUGUGUGCGUGGCCAUGGCACAGCUGGCAGCAUGGGGGUACGCGGAUGUGGCGUCAUGCCUGGGCACGGGCACCCUCUCCUCCCAGCUGCUGUUCCUCUGGAGGCUGCGCCGCACCAGGUCAAAGGGCAAAGCUUCGGCGUGGGCCUGGUGGAGGGCCCUGCCCCGCCUCUCCGUCCCCCUCCUCAUUCUCCUCCUGCGCUGCUCCUCCCUGCUGUCCGACAGCUACGUGGUGGCGGAGGGGCGCGUGGCCACCUUCCUGCUCUGCUCCCUGGGCAUCUACGUCCCUCUCCGCCUCAACUGGGACGGCCUCCUCCUCCCCGUCAGCCCCGACCCCCAGAAGCCCGCCGGCCUCCUCCCCUCUCCGACCCAGUCUCCCUCCGCCGUCCGGCGGGAGAGCCUCACCCUGCUGGCUUGCCUCGGGGCCCUGGUGGGCUCCCUGUACCUCUCGCUGUCCUUCCACGGGUGCCGCGAGGAGCAGGGCGCCUGCGAGCCGUCGCCGUUCCUCACCCCCCUCGCCCGCGUGCAGGACAGCCGGCUGAGGAACCUGCACUACGCGCUGUCGGUGGCCUCCCUGGCCGCCUGGACCUACGCCCUGCGGCGCUGGAUGAGGCACUACGGCAACCUGAACUGCCCCGGGCCCGCCGUGUUCGCGGCGCGCUGGCUCCUGCCCCUCGCCUCCGUCUGCGCGGGCCUGUACUGGGCCGUGGGCUCCACCCCGGAGGAGAGCUUCCGCAGCCUGGCGGAGCUGAUCCGCCUGGCCGCCACCACGCUCCCACGGGCCGCCUUCGCCCUCCUGGGGCUGGGCGCGGCCCUGCUCUGGCUGGACCCCCUGACGGUGUUCCUGAAGGCGCGGCAGCAGGCCCACCAGCUCAGCCCGGCCCUUCCGCCCAGGUACCGGGCCAGCACGGGCAUCAGCCCGCAGGCCGAGCUGCACCACCUCAUCCCUCAGCUCUACCAGCGCAUGCGCAAGUCCCUGGAGGACGGGGAGCCGGCGGGGGGCGCGGAGGGCGACGGCAGGCCCGCGGUGGAGGCCUACGGGCUGGGCACGGUGUACUCGGCUCCCCUGGUCCUGCAGUGCGGCCUGUUGGGGCUGGGCCUGCUCAUGCUGCACCCUGAGGGCAUGGCGCUCUCCUUCCUGCUGCUGCUGCUGGAGGCUGCGGCCCUGCUGCACCUACACUCCUCCUCCACCUCGCUGGCCGUGCUGCAGGGAGCUCACGCCGGUGGGUUCAGUGUGCCCUGGGCCCCGGUGCUGCUGUGGGCCCUGGCCACCACACAGUUCUUCCACGCCACGGGACACCUGCCCACCUUCCCCUCCAUCCAGUGGGGAGCGGCCUUUGUGGGUUUCCCUCAGGGCCACACGGGUACCCUCCUGCCCGCCACGCUGGUCACCCUCAACACAUUCUCCGCCCACAUACUCUUUGCAGUGGGGUGCCCGCUGCUGCUGUUCUGGCCGCUGGUGUGUGAGGCGCGGGGGGGGCGGCGUGGGCGUGCCGGGGGCGACAGCGAUGAGGGCGAGGACGCCGUGAUGGAGAUGAGGCUGAGGGAGAAACCCCAGCAGUUCUCCUCCGCCCUCCUGCAGCUCGCCGCCCGUUACCUGUUCGUCCACGGAGCGCAGGUCCUGGCAUCAGUUUGUGCUGCAGCCAUUUUAAGGAGGCACCUAAUGGUGUGGAAAGUCUUCGCACCCAAGUUGAUGUUCGAGGCCUCUGGGUUUGUGGUGACCAGCGCCUUCCUCCUGUUUGGACUGACACUGGUGAUGCGGGUAGACGUGGCUGUGGGCGGCUGGUUUAAGAGACUCAUCCCAGACGAGUCCAGGUAACGUUCCUCCCACAAUGCACUGCUCCAGGAUCCCAGGGGAUACCCCUUGCUGCGUCUUGCAUCGCCGUGCGAGACGGAAAAGCCAGAACGAGUUUGCGGAGGAGCUGAGCAGUGUUACUCUCUAACGGAUUCAAAAGACACGCCAUAUUUUGGAGCCUUUAAAGCCUCAGACUGACUGGGUGACUUCUAACAAGCUGGCCUCUCCCUCUCUAAAGCCAAAACCUCUGGGAGGAUACCUGAGACUGAGCGAUACGUGAAAUUUUGGGGCAUAGAGAAAGGGGGAGGGGGAUGGACAACAAACAGACUCACAGGGUAGUGUUAAACCAGGCACUGAAAGUCUUAAGAAGAACAGAGACAGUACUACAUUUAACCCCUUGGAGGUGAACUAUGCUGGCUACCAGCAACUGACUGGAUGAUAAUAUUGUGACUCUCCUUGAAGCCUGAAUGAGAAAAAGGACCUGAACACCAGAAUGUGUGUCACUUUCUCAAAUUGCCUUCUGAACACUUGUCUGGCCAACUCAACACUAAGGACCGGCAGAUGUGGAACUCGUCUCCUCAAAAGAUAAUUAAAGACAAGGAGGUGAAAACUGCAAACUAGAUUGAAGUGUUGAAUGAAUCUGACCUCUGUGACCCAAUGGUCUGUUGUAUUUAUCUACUAGGUCUCUGGGAAUAAUGUUCAUUCAGUUGAACGGCCUGUCAUUAACAGAUAGUGCAUGUGUUAGGGUUGUAUACUCUUACAAUUAGGGUUUCAGCAAUAACGAUUUCUGUAGAACAUCUUACGACACACGUACUAUAAGAUACAGAGACUACCUAGGAUAUGUGAUGUGAGCAUUUGCUGAAUAUGAACACAAAAUAUAUGAGUGAAGUGUUGACACCCUCAAAAAUAUGUCUGUUACACUUGGAGCAGCACAGUAAUGAAUGCUAUAUGCAUUAACAGUUUUCCAUCUAUAAAAUUCUACUGAAAGUUAAAUGAAUUCAGGACUGAGCCUUCAUGGUGAUAUUUUUACCACUGAUUACUUUGUGAUGAGUAUAUAUUAAUGGGUGAACAUCUCUGAAACUUUUUUAAAAGAGUUAAGUUU